GGGGAGCGAGUGCCCAACUGGUGAGUUAAGUAAGAAGUUACAGCACACUGCGGCCCAACACUCUGUAGCCAAUCGUCGAGGUGGACGCAUGAGCGCUUGCGCAGAAACCGGGUCAAAUUAUAAACUGUGCGGAAAGUAAAAGUGUUCGAACAAGAUGCAGCUAACUCAGAUCCUAGUCGUGUGCGCGGUGGCAGCAGUUGCUUACUCAGCAGAGACCCCAAGACCUGCGGUCUCCGACACAGCCCUGGAUGACGCCCUGAACGACAAGCGGUUCAUACAGAGACAGCUCAAGUGUGCGCUCGGUGAAGCGCCCUGUGACCCCAUAGGAAAGCGGCUCAAAACUCUAGCGCCUCUUGUACUUCGCGGCGCCUGCCCUCAAUGCACGCCUCAAGAAACCAAACAGAUCCAACGCACGUUGUCUUACGUGCAGAGGAAUUUCCCGCAGCAAUGGGCUAAAAUAGUUCGCCAGUACGCCGGCUAGGCUAAACAACAAGUUAAGACUUUAUGAAAACAUGUAAAAUCAGUUCAAAUAUAGGUAAUAAUGGAACUGUUAUUUCUAGAACUCCAAAUUCUGGCAUCUAAGUUGUGUAUUAAAAACUUA